CCCCGUCUCAUUGGAGCCCGUGUCCUCAUUCCCGGCGAUGCUUAUUAAUAGUUCAAGUCGGGGCUGAUAUAAAUAGUCGGAGUUGAUCUGCUCUGCUCUGCCCAUUCCUGAACUUCCGCCUGGUCUGCCGACAUUUUUGGUACGAUUCUCAAAUCCAGUUCCAACAAGUGGUGACAUGGAACGUCUCGCAGGGCAAUACCAUGGCUCGACCCGGUUAUAAGUUAUGAGUCAAGCGUGGAAUCUCGGUGCAGUGAAAAAAAUAGAUGGGCUUUUCUUGCCCACAAUGUGCAACGGACAGGCCAACAGAAUGAAUGUGGCGCGCCUAAUGGUGUUGUUAGGUCCAGCAGCAUCUCCCGUGGCAUCAGGUCCUCCUGUGAAUAGAUGGAGUAAGGUAGGUCAGAACGAAAACCUUACAACAAACAACCAUCCAACUGCCAUGCUGUUCUUCGUUGGGUGAAUCAUGAUCAAGAGGUUGCGUCCAAUAUCAUAGAUGAGGGUGUCCUGGGCACAUUCCCACAUGGAAGAAGACAAAGAAGACUUGCUCCCGGUGGGCUAUCGGAUAGCUGCAGGAGUAUCGCUGCGGGACACGGCACAGCAAACUGAGUGAACCGAUGUUAACAAGCAAGAGUGUCUACAGCCGAAGCCGUAUUCGUCGCUUGAAGAGCACUUGUUGUGAAUAUGUUGUUGUACAAGUUGUUCCCAAGGCAGCAGCCUUGUGAGGUCGAAGUUGUCGCUUUGGCAGCCUUGCGAAGUGUGUUUAUUGCUCGGUCAGGCAGUGAAGCAUCACGACUUUAGGAGUGAUGUCGAGGUGUUGUUAGCCGUCUUCUCACUUCAACCUCCCUGCGACAACCUCACUUUACAACUUCAUCUCGCGCUCAGAUCAGGAUCUGUUCUUCUGUUCUUCUCUUCUCCUAUCCUACCCACCGCGACAGCCUUUCCUCUCCUACUUCUUCCUCUUCUACAACAACCACUCUUUGCACAAUUACUCUCUCGUGCUCGCGUUGGUUACUAGAAGCCAGGUCACUUUCUUCUUCUCUUUCUACUGCGUCCCCAUAUCUUAUUCCCCUCGCGCGGACAGUGUUUGUUUUUAGAGAUCUCACUGGCACCCUAGUCAAUCUCACUUCCUCCUGCGCACCUGUUGCGGUCUGUCGCGGCCUAUCCCUACCUUAAGCUUUCGCACCUACUUUCUCGUUAUUUGUGAAGAAGAUGGGGACAAUAACAAAAGCACAGGCUUUGGCACAGUUAAUAGCAUCCAUACCAAAAGCAGACAGAAACACUACUAGAGGAUCUGCAUCUGCAUACCAAGCACCACUCCCACCACCUCCAGGAUUUCAACUUCCUGACAAUGUUCCACCAUCUCCCUUCAGCACCUUGACAAAAGCGCAGCAGCACAAUUACAAUCCCGACGACGUCAACAAGGCCAACAACACCAAUGACGCCGACAAUGCCGCGGUCUCAGACUACCUGCGUCGCCAGGACCUUGACCGCCGAGCUCCCGUAGUCGUAUCCACCAACCCCGAACACGGAAACGAAUACAUGGAACUCAACGCCUGGGAACUCACCAUCCGCGCAAUCAAGACCCUCUUCCCUGACCGAAAGACAUGGAAAACUGCAAACACAGCCGCACUCCAAGCAUCAGCAAACCACCGCAAGGGGAUCUGCGCCCGUCUCGCACACCACACUGUCCUGCGCCAAAAUAUUACCAUCGACUUACUCAUCCGUUCUCGUCUCAUUCAGUCCGGCACAUACGCUUUUACUCAAGACACACUCGACAACCAUCGUGCCUGGAUGGACUGGUGGCUCGGGUUUCCGGACCUGGCGAACAAAAUAGUCAAACACGUCAACUGGAUCAAAUUGCUCGAGGAGGAAUAUAUCCGCGCCGAACCGAUCUGGGCUGAGUUCUGGACCCGUAUGGAGAGAGAAGAAGAUGUCAGCCUGCCGCAUGGGUGUCCGGGGCAGCCAUUCUCGCCGACCAACGUCAAUUAUGUCUCUGCUACUGCUGCUCGAACCCUGAAAACCGUCCUGCUGGAUUUGUCGACGCACGAUACGAAACGCGCAUUCCUGCAAUCCCAUAUCGGCAAGGGAAGAGAGGUUGUUGCUCAGUUCUACGAGGAUCUGCCAGAUUGGAGAGAGUGGACGACUAUGGGUAGUGAUGACGCCACUGCGGUUCCGCUGCUUGAAGAGCCUGAGACUGGGUUUGUUGAGGAGCUUGAGGAUGGUGAGGAAGAAGAACAGGAAGAACACGAAGAAGGAGAGGACAAACGAAGCGAAAGUGGAGGCGGAGACUCGGAGUUUGAUUUGUAAACACGAGAGCACAUUGAGAAUAGUGCCACUCCCAUGGAGAGAAAGAACACACAGAGAGAGCAAUGAAUGUGAUUGUAUUGAACACCAACUCAAAGAAACAAGCACUUGGACUUUCCC